UCAAUAAAUUGAAUCAAAAGGGAUUUGGGGAUAAUGUCAUCUUUGAAAUGUCUAAACGACAAAAGAUUUCUAAUUCAGAAAGGGAAAUCCAGUCAUCAGAUUGCCAAAGUUGACAAGAAUAAUGACAAAUGCUGGAGGAACUUCUGGAAAACAAGUAUAUUGAUGAAGUAUUGAUGGUACAGUGACUUGGUUCAGGCAUCUAAAGAGGAACCUUAGAACUCAGGAUGUCAGAGCUGGAAGGUCCUUGGAACAAAGAAUGGGAGAGCUGGGAGGGUCCUUAGAACAUGGGAUGUCAGAGCUGGGAGAGCCCUUAGAGCCUAGGAUGUCAGAGCUGAGAGGGCCUUUAGGACAGAGGAUGUCAGAGCUGGGAGGGCCUUUAGAACUCAGGAUGUAAGAGCUGGAAGGGCCCCUAGAACACAAGAUAGCAGAGGUAGGAAGGCCCUUAAGAAUACAGGAUGUUAGAACUGGGAGGGCCCUUAGAACCCAGGAUGUCAGAGCUGGGAAGGCCCUUAGAAUACUGGAUGUCAGAGCUAGGAAGGAAUACAGAAUGUCAGUCUUUGACAUUCAAGAAUUUCACUGACCUCUCAUUAAAAUGCUAACAUUAAUAAUAAAAUGACUACUCAUCCAGAAAAUGAUUCUCAAACUUUUUUAAAAUUUCACAGUAUUAAAAGUAAAACAAGGUAACUAUGUCCUGUUGCACCAUAUGAAAAAGCAACUUCAGUCACCACUAACCAACUUCCACAUACAACAUAGUAGUUUCCUCUUGCUAAUGCUAUUGGGCUUUCUGUUGCCUCAUAAUUGUACACAGCACACACCCUUCAAACAUCCACAAAGAUGAUCUGCCUCAUUCUGGCAAAGUUUAAUGGACACCAGAGUUUGGAAGAUCAUGGACUCCUGCCUUAAAAUAAUGAUAUUUUCACUUUUGUCCAUCUGCAACUGGGCCUAUAAAAUGGAUUCUCUGCCCACCAUUGAUAAUGAAGCUUUCAUCAAAGAGUGUGUUGACAUUCAUAACAAGUUUCGGUCACAAGUGACCCCCAAAGCCAGUAACAUGAGGCGUGUGAGCUGGGAUGCAGAUUUGGCCAAAGUUGCUAAAGAAUGGGCACAGAAGUGUAAGUUUGAACAUAACCCUGAUCUGAAUAUCCCCCAAAAGUUGCACCCUUCCUUUUCUGCAGUGGGAGAAAAUCUCUGGAUUGGCUCAAUUGGAGCAUUUUCUGAAAAUGAGGCCAUCAAAUCAUGGAAUGAUGAGGUAAAAAACUAUGACUUCCAGAAUAAGAAAUGUACUGGGGUGUGUGGUCAUUAUACUCAGGUAGUCUGGGCAGAUACUUACAAGAUUGGCUGUGCAGUUCAAUUUUGCCCCAAAAUUGAGCAGUCUUUCAUUACCAAUGGAGCAGUUUUUGUGUGUGACUAUGGACCAGCAGGAAAUUAUUAUAAUAUGCAGCCCUACAAGGAAGGAGAACCCUGCAGUGCCUGUAAAGAAGAUAUCUGUGUGGAUCAGCUGUGUACAAAUCCAAAGCGGGAUGGAGAGGCUGCAAGUUCCAAGCCAAAUGAUGAACAGCAAGCCAAAGACAAACAAAAACUUUCCUUUCUUUUCAUCUUGGUGCCACUUUUAGUUAUAUUGACUAUCAUUCUGAUCAUUGUGGCAAAGUGUUAUCACCCGAGGUAAAUCAUUUCUGAAUAAAUUUAAUCAAAAGGAAUUAUGGGAUAAUGUUAUCUUUUAAAAUGUCUAAACAAAAGAUUUAUAAUUCAGAAAAGGAAAUCCAAUCAUCAGAUUGCCAAAGCUGACAAAUAAGAAUAAUGACAACUGCUGUAGGGACUUCUGGAAAACAAGUAUAUUGAUGAAGUGUUGAUGGUACAGUGACUUGGUUCAGACAUCUAAAGAGGAACCUUAGAACAUGAAAUGUCAGAGCUGGGAGGACCCUUAGAA